CGCGCGCGAGCGCCGGGAGCGGUCGGCGCUCUCGGCCGACGCCGAGCAGGCGCGCCGCGUCCAGGACCUGCGCACGGCGCGGCGGCGCGCGGCCGCGCACGACGCCGAGCGCGACCACAAGUUCCGCACCAUCAAGCAGCGCAUCGGGGACAUGCGGACGCGGCUCCGAAAGGCGCUUGCCUGCGUGGAAAUCGAAGUUUUACGGCGCGUUCGUGCUGAAUCGUCGCGUCGUCCUCCACUCCACCGACGCGGCGCCUGCUCGAUAGCGUGAGAGUGCCGGUUCCUCGCCGCUCGACGGAGCCAGCCCGAGAAUAGCACCCGACGCAAUGGUUGAUUUCCACACAGGCGGACGCGCUCGUCGAGAUGGGGAACGCCGCGGCUUCGGAAGGCGGCUUCUCCGGGAGGCGGCGCCGGACGACGGGCACGGACGCCGUCGUCGCGGCCGUGAAGCACGCGGUGCCGCCCCGCCGGCGCGACGCCGUCCUGAAGCGGCUGCUGGCCGACGCGCGGCGCGCCUUCGCGGCGCGCAGCGGCGGCGUCGCGCUCGAACGGGCCAAGGCGGAGCUGCACGGCGUCGGCGAGGCGCGGAGCGUCGUCAGGGGCAGCGGCCGGGGCGCGAUCCCCCGGUCGAAGCUCGUGCCCGUGCUCCCGCUCUACUCGCAGGCGUGGCGGGUCCACGCGCCGCGGAGCCCGAAGAAGCCGUGGGCCGCGCCGUCGCCGCUCCCCUCGCCCGCCUGGACGGCGGUUUCCGCGGCGGGCCGCGCGGCGGACGGGCCCCUGACGCCGUCCGGCCAGCGCGUCUGGACCAUGGUCGCGGGCAAGCAGUCCCGGCGGGCGGCCGCCGCGGGCCGUCGCGCGUCGCUGGCCGAGCGCGUCCAGGCGCUCUACCGGCGCGAGGUCGACCGCGCGCAGCGGCGCAAGACGGCGGCGCGCGACGCGCGUCUCGUGCGGCGCGGCGUCCUCUCGCCCUCGGCGGCCGCGAAGCCGCCGCCGUCGACGUGUCGGACGCGGCGGUCCGUGUCGUUCUCCCGCGACCUGCUUGUCGAGGAGGGGUA